CAUCACCGGGCUUUGGCUGAUUUUCCUAGUGACUUGGGAAGAAGAAGAAGAUGAGUAACACACCAGCGGCUGCGGCGUCGUCGUCAUCUAAAUCGAAAGCUGGCGGAACUUCUCAGGCGCCCGAAAAGCGCAAACCCCUCUUCCAAAAAGAAUUACAGCAUAUGAUGUAUGGAUUUGGCGAUGAGCAGAACCCUCUCCCAGAGAUUGUCGCUCUUGUUGAAGAUAUUGUCGUCGAAUACGUCACUGAUUUGACACAUAAGGCUCAAGAGAUUGGCUCUAAGCGUGGAAGGCUACUGGUUGAUGACUUCUUGUAUCUUAUCCGCAAGGAUUUGCCAAAACUUAACAGGUGUAGGGAACUAUUGGCCAUGCAAGAAGAGCUGAAACAAGCUCGUAAAGCUUUUGAUGUGGACGAAGAGAAGAUUACUUCACUCGAUUGUUUGAUCCAUCCCUUUUUUUUUUAUGAACAAGCUUCUUCUUUUCUUUUUUUUGGGUAAACCUUCUUUCUGAGUGUAAAAAGAAUAGAAUGACAGAUUAUUAUCACACAAGUGAAACUGAAAUUUACCCGACGAGUGAAUGUUCUCCGGGCUCCGGAUAACGAAACUGCGGC